CAGCCUUUUGCUUCUCCUUUGCCACCCCACCCUCUCCUCAGUUCUCCGUCUCCAUAUCUUUUCCGGGCGUUUACCUGGCGUUUACUCUCAUCACUACUCCCAUAUACAAGGUAAAUUAUCAGCUACUUCAUAUUUAUCUCCUGCUUCCUGGUCGGGAUAACUUUGGGACUGCCGUGCUUCGCGUCAAAGUAAACGACCAUACCAUCUCAUGGCGCUUCGUUUUGAGAUUCUUGGCAGGUUCAACCGGGCUCGUGCAGCUCGAUUGACACUCCCCCACUAUGUGUGCCAGACGCCUUUAUUCAUGCCAGUGGGCACACAAGGAACGAUAAAAGGACUGACAACAAACCAGCUCGAGGAGAUUGGUUGUCAAAUAAUACUUGGAAAUACUUACCACUUGGCGCUUCGACCAACUUCUGAGCUUCUUGAUGAAGCUGGCGGUCUUCAUAAAUUUAUGAACUGGCCAAGGGCCCUACUUACAGACUCUGGUGGCUUUCAAAUGGUGUCACUAUUGCAUCUUGCUGAUAUCACUGAAAAAGGUGUGACAUUUCAGUCACCAGUUGAUGGAAAACCAAUGCUCCUCACCCCUGAAGAGUCUAUUCAGAUCCAAAACAGAAUUGGAGCAGAUAUUAUUAUGGCUCUUGAUGAUGUUGUUAGGACCACUAUUACUGGUCCACGAAUAGAGGAAGCCAUGUAUCGCACACUCCGAUGGAUAGACAGAUGCAUAGCAGCACACAAGAGACCAAAUGAGCAGAACUUGUUUGGUAUCGUACAAGGUGGUUUAGAUCCUGUGUUGAGGGAUAUAUGUGUCGGAGGCUUGGUGGAUCGCAAUUUACCAGGCUAUGCUAUUGGUGGUCUUGCUGGUGGUGAAGAUAAAGAUUCAUUUUGGCGUGUUGUUGCUCAGUGCACUGCUGCUUUGCCAGAAGAUAAACCACGAUAUGUUAUGGGAGUUGGUUAUCCACUUGAUAUAGUUGUUUGCAGUGCUUUGGGUGCCGACAUGUAUGACUGCGUCUAUCCUACCCGUACUGCACGCUUUGGCACCGCUCUUGUUCCUGAGGGUGUACUGAAACUUAAACAUAGAGCAAUGGCUGAUGACACUCGUCCCAUCGAUCCUUCCUGCUCUUGUAUGGUGUGCAAGAACUACACCAGGGCUUACAUCCAUUGUCUUGUGACAAAAGAUGCUAUGGGAUCUCAGCUUCUGUCAUAUCAUAAUUUGUAUUACAUUAUGCAGCUCAGCAGGGACCUACACUCAUCAAUAAUCGAGGGAAGGUUGCCAAAGUUUGUAUGUGACUUUCUACAUAAUAUGUUCCCGGAAGGUGAUGUUCCGGAAUGGGUCUGCAAUGCUAUGGAGGUGGCUGGAAUUAACAUUUCUUCCUGCUGCGCUCCGUUCUCAUCAUACCAAGAACACAAUUCCGAAAAUUGUUUUAGGGAGGAAGAGAUGGAAAUGAAGUCGGGCAGGCUUUGAGGUGGAAAAGGUCCGGGCGGACGGUAUACAAAUUUUUCCUUUUCGAGAGAAAAAAUAUAAUUCUCGAUAAUUAUACUUAGAGUUCUACUUCUGCAGAGAUUGAGCAUUUUUACUAUUUGAGAUAUUUCCAUAUGUUAAAUUUAUAAUUUGUCACAAAUUUUAUAAUUAAUUAUUUUUAAAACUUGGGAAUGUCAAAUUUUACCGUAUGAUGAAAAUGCUCAAUCUUUUGAGAGGCAGAGUUUUCUAUAGUGACCUUGUAAUUACUGGCAGCAUAAAUUUUGUAACCUUUCUUAUGCUGCCUCGGGAUUAUGCGUACAAUCAAUACUUUGCCCCUUUUUUGGUUUUACUCAUGUUUUACGCAUUACAAUGGGCGAAAACAAUCAUUCUCUUGUGCUGCAGCCAAAGACUCUGGUGUUGUCAUGUCAGGUUAAUGGAAUUAUAGCAUAUGCGUAAUUUCGGGGACCCACUGUUUCUUAUAUGUUUAUUUGUUAUAACCAGUUUUGGUUUAUCACGUUUAAA